GUGUAGUACAAUCCCUUUAUUUUCACAUAUCAGUUUGAAAUUGGUUCGUGGAAUACACAGUGUCGCUACCUUCCGGUAGGUUAGCUUACUGAAGUGCGCAUGUGGGACAUCGUUUGUCUUGUAGUCGUGUGACCAGCGUCUGACAGCCACCGGAUAAAUGCCAGAUGAAGCGACUGAGGCACGUCGGAUACAGCUUUCUUCGUAAACAGCGAAGAUGGCUUGUAUUUUUGUGUUAGGAUAUUUAAAAGUUAAAACAUUUCCAUUACCAUAACCGAAUUUUUAGUUAUCUACGCUUUUACCUUGUAAGGUUCUUUCAAUCCUGUGCUAUGACAAUUUUAAUGUACCAAAUUCUAUUCAGAUGUGUACCUCUUGACUAAGCCACGAAUAAUGAAAACUGCAACUGGAAUAUUAAAUUUGUCUGCCGGGGUUGGAAUGGAAGAUUUACUAAUCUUAAUCUGGUGUAGUGUGUCUGGAUAGUGCGAGAAUUCUCAGAUCCUGUAAACUCAUGAGUGUUGAGAUCAUGUGUUCGAUUGGCCGUGUGUUGUGUGAAGUAUAAUGUUUCUCUUAGCCGUUCUCGCCUUGUGGCAACCUUCUACGAUUAAAUGUCAAGGCUAUACGAUGAGAGACACUCUACGAACAAGAGUAGAUGUAAAAUGAUGUUUCGCAUGUGGGGUGUGGAUGAGACAUUGAAAGUUAAUGUCGAACGGUUUCGUGACGAGAACGUCUGCACGAGGCGCGUGAAAGAAUCUGUAAUAUGUAUAUCUGGCAAAUUUAUUAUUUUAAAGAACUUUCUUUUUACCAAGUGUUCAUUUCAUCUGGUGCAGUUAAUGUAAAUACAAUUUGUCGUAUCCGAAGAUGGCUGGUACGCUAGAACAUUCAGAGAAUUUCGGUGAAGAUCAAAGUUCAAUUUGUGAAGAGGAAAGAGUUCGAAAGUUGUUUCAAGCCUGUGAUGGAGAUGGAGAUGGUUUUAUUGACAGCCAGGACCUGCGCAACAUGUGCCGCGAGCUGAACCUGGAGCACUCGCUGGAGGAGCUGAUGCGCGAGCUGGGCGCCGACGAGCUGGGCCGCGUCUCCUUCGAGGAGUUUCUGCGCUGCCGCCUGGCGCUGCGCCCGGAGGUGGACGCCGCCCCGCCACGCCCCGCGCCCCUGCCCGGCCCCGCCCGCAGCCGCCGCGCCGCGAUGCGCCAACCAGCCGUCCCGCCGCCGCCUCUGGAGCCGCCGCCGGCGCCCGCCGCGCCCGCGCCGCCGCCGCCGCCCCACCACCAGCAGCAGCAGCUGCAGAGGCACCGCGCCACGCCGGAGUACCUGCCCACGGGCAGCGACCACAGCCUGGGUGCGGCAUCUGCUGGAAAGCAUGAGAGCUGGGAGUUUGAUUCCGGUGCUCGUGAUCUGAGUCCUGAGCCCCAUGCCUUGCAGAAGAUUGUGGAGGCUGCAGGAAGCUCCCUCGGAGCUGGGUCCUCUAGCGGCAUGUUUGAACUCGCUAACAAGCUUCACCUUGCUGCUCUUACAUCUUUAAAGGGAGAAAUUUUGGAUCUAUCAAAUCGGCUGCAUUCUGUAACUCAGGAAAGAGAUUUGUUAGAAGAACGACUCACCAAAGCCCAGGUAGAAGUUCAAGCUCAAAGAUAUGAAGAACGCAUUAAUGAACUUCAUUCGGUUAUUGCAGAGUUGCGUCGAAGUUUAGAACGACGAAGAGCUACUAGCAUACAAGAGGAUGAUGUGAUUUCAGAAAAUGCAGCUUUGCGCAAUGCUGUUGGUUCCACUGCAAAUCUUGCUGAGGCUGAACAACAUCAAGUUGGAUGUUACAAUGAUGAGACUCAGCAUCCUCCUGGAGAGUCUGCAGCAAAUGCUGACUCUUCGGAAAGGUGUGAGGAUGUGAUUCCUGGAGUUGGGGAUGCGGCUGACGUAGAGACCACUGCUGCCCAGGAAGCCUGCACAUUGACACCGCCUGGUAGCUGUUGCGAUGACAGUGCCCCUCUGGAAGAAGGAGAGAGAGGAGACUUCGGCAGAAAGAAACACAGAGGCAGAGGAUCCCCAGAAGCCCAUCUUCACCACCACCACCUGCGAGAGAGGUCGCUGCCGUCGAACGUUGUCACCUGCAGCCUCGCAGAGGAGUUAGCCAUGGCGUGUGGAUCUACUGGAAGUGGCCCAGACCAUGGGCGAUCUCCCAGAAAGGUGAGUCAUACUCCAGUAGCAGAGAGCUUAGUAAGUGAACUUCGAGCAGCUGAUGCUGCGGAACUUGCUCGUGGUGGGGAGUUAGCCGCUCGCCAUGAAGUAGAGAGAGAACAACUCUCAGCUCGUCUAGAACAUGCCAGAGCUCAGAAUCGGGUGCUGGCACUUGCUCUCGAGGAGAGCAGAGCGCAAAAUGAGCGCCUUAUUUUGCUGGUUGGGAAAUACGAAUCCAAUGCUACUGCUCUUCGGUUGGCUUUAGGCUAUAGUGAUCGUGCGAUUGAGGCAUACGAUGUUCUGGUUGCACUUCUUGAAAGUGAACUGGGGCUCCUUCUUGCCUCUUGCAGAUCUCUUGGCCUAGCGUCUUUUGGUCUCCAUGCAGCAGAUGCAGCUCCAUUUAACAAUGUGCUUGUUUCAGAGGAAGUCAGCCUUGAUGGGAUAGACAAGGCCUCCCUUCUGAAAAAAGCACGGGACAACCGGUACGCUGCGGAGACUGUUGCAAGGCAUGUGCUGGCACGGUUGGAGACGGUGGCUGUAGGAAUGCCUGCAGCACCUUGGGAAGACUAUUCUCAUGCAGCCAGUGAAGGUGAAUGGGGCCAAGCAGAAGAGAGAAGGCUCAGGGAUCACAUAGUGAGAUUGAAAACCGAAAGAGCAACAGUUCGAGGCACAGUUCUGGAGUUGGAAAGUUGCCAUGUGGAACCUCCUGGGGCAUGUGUGACUCUAGCGGAUGCCUGCAAGUUGGAUCUUGAAACGGCUGUGCUCAUGCAGGAAUUAAUGGCUGUGAGAGAAGAACGGGCUGAGUUAAGAGCACGGUUGUUCUUGAUGGAGAAAGACAAAGCAGCAUUAGAUUUGCGAUUGGGAGCUCAGGAAUUACAGUUGCAGCAACUCCAAGCACAACUGCAAGAUCUGCAACCAUCUACUCAUCAUCUGCACCAACGAAGUGGGAGUUUGGAGGGAGAACAAUCUUCACCAAGUGAAGAAGCGAGCCGACGUGAGGCACGUCUGAGAGAGCGAAUGCAAGGUCUAGUCGCCACAUUAGAAAAAGUUAGCAAAAAUUCUGAGAUGAGACAUCAGCAAUCUGCUGACUUGAUCAAUGAUCUGAAACAUGCUAACAGUGCUCUUCUUCAAACUCUUGAUCGAUCCAAAAAGAAGUACCAGUCUCGUAUUAAGAAAUUGGAACAAAGGAUGUUAGAUAUGGCAGAAAGACAUGCACAUGAGGUGCGAGGCUUGAAGCAGAGGGUAGCAGAUUUAGAGAAUGAGGUGGCGGUAGUGAGCAGAGCUGGGCACUGCACUGGCAUUGCUUCUGUUGGAGUCACAACUCACAGCUCCACGGCAAGCGAGACGUCUCUGUGAUGAGUGACAAAGUACAUAAAAUGUGGAUUUGAUAAUUAGUGAGCCUUUAAAUAGUUUUGUGGGGGAAGGGGCAGAAAUGCCCCAAGGAUCUUCCACUGCCUUUGUCUGGAGAAUACUGGUGACUCGGACACUAGCUUUAGCAAAGUGAGAUGUGAUUUGUUGGAACUGCCUAGUUCUUAUGAAGUUGCUGUGAUUUUCAGCUUAGCUUAUUAGUAAAAUGAACGUGUAAAGGAGCAUAGUUGCUGCAAAGUUGAUGUGUUGCCUGUACCACCUUUAAAUGUACUUACUACAUUAAUGAGUUGGUUGUGCCUUCUCAAUUUGCAAAAACCGGGCAACUUGUUAUGAUAUUGGCAUUAAGAUUAUGUAACGCGUGUAUUCUUACCAGCCUUAGCUUUUGGAAUUGUGGUUGCUAGCAUUGCUAGUAAACACCGCCCUACUCCAUUACAAUUUUUAUAAUCAUUAAAACAAAUUAAAAUCUGAACCUAGAUCAUUUCAAUGGGUGGUGUGUCUGUAGUGUCAUGUUGUCACUCUAUAAAAAUGCCUGAGAGAAAUUUGUAGAAGAAUUGUAGAAUUGUUGAAAUUCAUCUAUUUUACAAUGAUAUUCACUCAUAGUUGUGAGUGAACAUGAUAGAUUUGCAUCAGAAACUGGACUGCUUUAUUUUUGUUGUCUGAUUUUUUACCUAUUAUUUUUUUACUGUUGCAUUUAAUGUAAACUACUAAUUUUAAAACAAUUUUAUCUACCUAGAGUACUUUAUUGAAUUUAGAGUGUAUCUUGACCAAUACUUUUUUACCAAAUACAUUUAUUAUUUAACAUUAGUUAUGUUGUAAUUAUUAAAUUGUCUCUGAGCUAGAUCUAUCAUUUUGUAAUUGCAAAGACAAUUACAUACCUUACCUCAAUUAAUUGAUAAGUAAUAGUCUACCAGAGGUUGGAAGUUCGGGUACAAUAAAUGGAAAAGUGAUUGUGUGGACAAUAUCCAGGCUAAUAAAGCUUGAUUUAAUUUAUGCGACUUAUAAAUAUAGAGGUAUGAAAUUUAGAUUAUAUGUAAUAAAAAAUAUCUAUUAAAACAGAGACUAAGUUGCUAGAGAAUUUGGUGAUCAUAUUCUCCCAAUAUAUGUGAUAAUAAAUACAUUUGUUUGCCUUGUGGAUUGAGGUAAUUGUCAUUCUUAAAAAAAAGUGACAAUGCUUAGGAGAGACUUAAGAAAACUAACAGAAUUUGUAAGAGUAUUUUAAAAUAUUUUUAAUGUUAUAUGAUUAUUACUACUUGAUUAUUCACACAUUAUAUUCCAAGAGAUCAAAUCAUUUUUACCAGAUUUUGAUUUCUGGAAGUGCACAUAUAUUUUAAUUGUUUCUGUUUCCAUGUAGUUAAAAUUUUUGAUGGUAUAUUUAAGAUUUGUUACAGUUAACAUUUAAGCAGUUUCCAAUGCUUAUUCAUUGUGCAAAAGUUCUUCUAGUGAAAAGAAAUUUACUACUUCAAGGCUUGUCUUGUCUGACAAAAUUUUUGAAUGUAUUGAAAGGAAAUUACCCAACAUUGACCUGUUCUUUCAAAAAAUUUAGAGGCACCCUGUGCAUAAUGUUUGUUCCUCUAGCACACUAUCUUUACUCAUUAUAACUAGUCAUCACAUUUAUACUUUUCACCUGAAUUUUUCUUCUGGUUAUAGAUGUAUAUUGAAAUUGUGGGUGAAAAUCAGUAAAAUAUAAAAGCAAAAAUAAAUAUAGCUGUAAGCUUCUUACAAAGGGUUCAUUAGUGUUCAUUAGUUAGAAAUACAUCAUCUUUUUUUAUGUAUUUCAGUAGAAAUGGAAAUUGGUUUGCCAUUGAUAGAUUCAAUGUAAUUCAUAAAGAGACCAAGUGAGAAAUAACAUAACUUCUUUUUAAAAUUAUUUAGUUUUCAAUUC